CCAGGGGCCCCGCACAGCAGGUGAGACUCUCUCGCCCCAUCUCCUUCGCUGCCUGGCGGUGGACUCCUGCUGCCACGUCCUGCCUCUUGGCCUGUGCCUGGCCCUCCUGCACCUCAGUCUGGGCCCUGGCCUGCCUGGGGCUUGGCCUUGGUUCUCCACAUGACACGACCUGGGCACCUCUACCUCCUGAGGGUGCAUGGCAACCCCCUCCUCCUCCUCCUUCUGGGGCUGCUGCUGGCCCUGCCGUCUGAAACCCAGGGCCUCCCUGGGGUUGGCCUCUCAGCUUCCACUGCUCGGACUGCCCAGCAGCACCCCCAGAAGCAUUUCAUUCCAGGCACCCUCAAACCUGCUGCUCACCUCGUUGGAGACCCCAGCGCCCAGACCUCGCUGCGCUGGAGAGCAAACACAGAUCACGCCUUCCUCCGCCAUGGCUUCUCUUUGAGCAACAAUUCCCUUCUGGUCCCCACCAGUGGCCUCUACUUUGUCUACACCCAGGUGGUCUUCUCCGGGGAAGGCUGCUCCCCCAAGGCCACCACCACUCCUCUCUACCUGGCUCAUGAGGUCCAGCUCUUCUCCUCCCAGUACCCCUCCCAUGUGCCUCUCCUCAGUGCCCAGAAGUCUGUGUGCCCAGGUCCACAGGGACCUUGGGUACGCUCAGUAUACCAGGGGGCUGUGUUCCUGCUAACCCGGGGAGACCAGCUAUCCACUCACACAGUUGGCAGCUCCCACCUACUCCUUAGCCCCAGUAGUGUUUUCUUUGGAGCCUUCGCUCUGUAGAACCUGGAAAAACCCAGAAAGAAGAAAAAAAUUGGUUUCAAGGUCUGCUCCCCAUUUUGCCUCCAUUCUGACGGUUUCAAGGGUUACCAUCACCUCUCCUUUGACCAUUCCAACAGUCUCAAGUCUUCCCCUACUCAAAUCACCUGGAGCUUCCAAGAAGGAAUUCUGGGCACUCAGGGGACCACACCUUUCUGAGCCACCCCAGAUGCUCUGCCAAGGAUUUCAAGCCUGCCUAGAAAUUCCCAGCCCAGAGCUGUCUGUCUUGCCGGUCUAGGUGGAGCCUAGAUUGGGACAUGGAGGAGGAGCAGACGCCUGGAGGACCUUGAGUGGAUAACUGGAGGUGGGGAGGGGUAAUUAUUUAUGAUGGGAAAAUUAAAUUAUUUAUUUAUGGAAGAUGGAGAGAAUGGAAUAAUAGAGGGACAUUAGAAGAGAGAGAGAUAAACAGACCCAAAACAUGAAGAAUGAAAGGGCAUCAGCAUAGGCUGGCCUAGAGAGAGAGAGAGAGAGAGAAGUAGGUCUGAGCUUCUGAGGGGCUCUAGAAGGAAAGUGGAAGGUUCUUAAGAGCUAGCCACUGCUAACUAGACAACUCUGAGGUGAAAUCUGCACCCUCAAUGAAGACCAAUAAACCUCUUUCCUCUGAAAUGCUGUCUGUCUAUAUCUAUCUGACUGGGAGAGGAGAAUUUCCCAGAUCUCUGCACAAAAUGGAGGGAGGAAAAGAGGCCUCAAAGAGGGCAGGAGCUGUGGGAGAACAAGGAGUAAAGGGGCCCAAGGGGCUCUGGGGUUGUGUGGUGGAUUCAAAGAGGCAGCCAUACUGCUGCAGGGGAACCAAGGGAUAAGCUGAGACAACAGAGGGGAAAUAGGGCCCAGGGUCUGGGGUCCGGAGGGAUGGAGGUCAGGGACCCCUAGGAGAUAUGGCCACAUGAAGGGGCUCUGAGGAACCAGGAUACAGGAGGCUUCUGAGAAGAAGUGACCACAUCAGAGAGGGGAAAUGUCCAGGACUCUGGGGUGGGGUAUGCAAGGGGUCCUGAGGAGUGGGAGAGCCUCCAGGAUUAGGAGGGUGUGGAUUACAGGGGAGAUUUGAAGAAACGUGCACACACAGGGACUCUGAGGGGCAAGAGCAUCUCCAGGAAUUUGGGGGGAAUGGGUUCUUUGAAAAGACAUGAGCAUACACAGAGGCUCUGAGGAGUGGGAGUGUCUCCAGGAAUUUGGGCAACAGGAGUUCUCUAGGAAACACAGCCACACACGGACUCCAGGGGUGGGGGCGUCAUGCAAAAAUCAGAGACCUCAGGUUCCCUCGGAAGCCAAGACAGAAACCAGCAGUUUGAGUCCCAAGGUCAGAAUGAAAGGAGAAGAUCCACCCUGUAGGGUCUGUGAAUUCCCAGGGCUGGUUUUACUCCCUCUGGGGCUGUCCCAGGCUUGUCCCUUCUAUGCCCAACAGCCCUUUCAGAGGCCCCAUCCACACUCCUAGUCUCAGUUUAGGAACCCUUUCCCUCACCUCCUUCUCCCAAGUGGCCCAAGCACACACCUCAGGACCCAUGACCCAGACACAGGCCUUACUUAGCUCCCAGCUUCCUCCCUGUCAAGGACUCAGUUUUCUGAAGCCCCCCCCACCCUGCCUUUGGCAUUCUACCCCCAUAUGAGUCCUGUGUGGAAAUCAAAGGGAAACAGUUCACAGAACUGGUCCUCAGAAGAAAUGGAGACAACGAGAACUUGGGGGCAGGGGGUACUGGGGUCCAGCCUCCAGAGUCCUACGCACACAUCCGUAACUGGCCCAGAAAGUCACCCUCAGAAUCCAAAUGGGUAGGGUGGGAAGUAUCCUUGAUGCCUGGGUGUCCCCAACUUUCCAAACCUCCACCCCCGUGAUGGAGAAGAAACCGAGACAGAAGGUGUAGGACCCACUACCGCUUCCUCCAGAUGAGCUCAUGGGUUUCUCCACCAAGGAAGUUUUCCACUGGUUGAAUGAAAGUUUCUCCCCGCCCUCCUGUGCCCCAAGGCUGUAUAAAGGCAGCUGUUUGCACACCCAGCCAGCAGAACUCCCUCAGCGAGGACACCAGGGGACCAGCCAGGAGGGAGAGAAGCAACUCCAGACCCCCUGGAAAGACGCCACACCCCUAGACAAGCUGCCAGGAGGGAUUCUCUCUCUCACACACACACUGCCCCAGGGCUCCACCAUCUCCCAGCUAUACUUGAUCUCCUCUCCAAAGGACACCAUGAGCACUGAAAGCAUGAUCCGGGACGUUGAGCUGGCCGAAGAGG